AUGUCUGCCAUCCAGCAGUUCAUCCUGAACCCUGCUAAUCAGGAGUUACUGGCCGUGUUGAAAGGUGCCAGAAAUGGUUUAGUAUAUGGAGUGAAGAUCCGAUUCCCACAUGCUCUGGUAAUGACCUUAUUAUUCUCUCAUAAACCAUGGCCAGCCAAGAUCAAAGGUAUAUUCACAGCUACGAGAACUCAUGCCUUGAACCUGUGCAAGUUCGUAACGAUAUACAAGACAUUAUUGUUGUUGCAGAAAAAGCUUAAUGGGGGUAAAGAAAGAGAUUUGGAUACGUUCUUUGCGGGUGGGUUGGGUGGUUGGUUAGUUUUCGGGGAGAGAACACCAAUAAACGAGCAGAUCGUACUCUACGUAAUGUCCCGAGUCCUCUUAUCCCUCUUACCUCGACUUUACACCAAUUCAUCAGUCCAACAACCCUCAACUCCCAUUUCACCCUUGAAACACCCACUCCCGUCGCUCACAUCCCCUCAGGCUAAUCCCAAACCCAUCCCACCCUCUCAACUGCCCUUCGCAAUUGUAAGUGCGUUAUCAUGGGCGGGGGUCAUGUACAUGUUUAGACAUAGAGGGGAGAGAAUCCAACCUGGUAUGGGCAAUAGUAUGCGAUACCUAUACCACGAUUCGGAAGCUUGGACCGGUCUCAAGACGCUAUUAUGGCAUAACAAGUAA